UAUAUAUUCUAUUAUGUAUAUAUUACUUUAUAAUUGUAAGAAAACAAAAAAGACCAACCACAAAAAAAGGUUCAUAGUGUGUAUGAAUUUGUUAAUUUUAAAAGAGUAAACAUGUUUACGACUAUAAAUUUUGAAUAAAUUGGAAAAAAUUGAUGAAUAAAAAGUCAAAAAUAGAUAUUCUAUUAGAAGUUCGUUUCUAUUUUUAAUAACCUGACCUGCCUAUAGUAUAGAAAAAAAAUAGGGUAUGAAUAGCCCGUAGGCCUAGUAUGCUAUACUUAAUCGCUUGGCUAGAGACAUCUGCUAGUGAAAAAAAAAUGUCUAUCUCUAUUUUCUUCGCCCUAUUUAUAUUUUCUGGUUAUUUAACUAAAGGUAGGGUUGCUAGUGAUGAUUUCUAUACCUUUGAGGCGGUUGAUAUUAAUGGACAAGUGGUUAAUAUGGAAAAUUAUCGGGGGAAAGUUGUAUUGAUAGUCAACGUUGCUAGCCAAUGCGGCUUUACAGACGGCCAUUAUUCCUCCUUGCCAACUCUACAAGAACUUUUGGGAAAAAAUAAUAAAUUUCAAGUUUUAGCCUUCCCUUGCAAUCAGUUUGGGGGACAAGAACCUUGGACAAACAAAGAGAUAAAGAACUGGGUCACAAAUAAAUAUAAAUUAAAUUUUCCACUAUUUUCAAAAAUUAAUGUCAUUGAAGAGAAUGUUCAUCCUAUAUUUCAAUACGUGAUUAAAUUGAGUGGAAAGGAGCCAAACUGGAACUUUUGGAAAUAUUUAAUUGAUCAUACAGGUAAAGUUCAGCACGCUUGGGGGCCGUGGUCUGAUAUUGAAGAAAUAUUUCCAUACGUAAAAACUGCAGUUGAGAUGGCAGAGAAAAUUGUAGAAAAUGACGGAGAUAAACACGAUAGAACAAUAGUUCGAGAUGAUUUAUAAUAUGAUUGUUCGCAUAGUCAUUAUUUUUGUAAUAAAACCUUUCUAAGUAGACAGUCGUUUCUUACAUUCUAUUGUCAUUUAGUGUCAAUUUUUUUUCUUUAUUAGGUUAAAUAUUCCAAUGUUGCCUUAGUUACAAUUGAAAUAUUUAAAGAUACAUAAACUUUUACUGAUAACGUACUUGACAACGUACGAUACACCAUACACGUUAACAUAUACAACGCACGUUGAUUCAUUUCUACUUUCUAUCUGUCACUAGUCACUUACACACAUAUAUUUAUUUAUUUCUUUCUUAGCCCCUAUAUUUCAAUCUCUCUCUCUCUUUCUACUAUUACUAUUUCUUCUCUUGCCUUAUUUUCUCUUUCUUCUUUCUAUCAAUCCCCUA